AUGGAAACACAACAUCUCAGCCUCGUGGUCCGGGCAGCAGAACAGAAUUUCCCGGCUACAAUUCGUGUGCAAGACCAGACCCUACAUCGGCAGGUCAUCGCGAUCGACUCGCAAGACCAUCGAGUAGACACCUCCAGCGGCUGUCUGAGUCACUAUGCAGAUCGCGAUGCCACCGAAAGACUUCUGUGGGAGCUUGUCGAGAUGCUCGACCACAACCUGGGGUCCGUUUACGCGCGCGUGACGCGUGAACUGUACCACAACACGCGGCCCUGGCGCAUAAACAAGUGGGACGAGAUGUUGACCCGCGGGCUUGUUUAUGUGGUGUACGUCACCCGCAGCGGCGCUGCGACGGGCCGUCGGCGCCGAGGUCGGAGCACCCCGUUGUUGUUUCUGUCGUUUAUGCUGACGGAGGAGAACGGGCUUAUCCACAGCGACCCUGCGCGCGUCUGGUCGGUGCUGUAUCUAUACGAGAUCCAGCUGUUGCCCUGUGUACGCGGGCGCGGACUCGGGCAUACGCUGGUCUCCGAAUACCUGGCGGGCACCGCGCGUGCAGUGCGCGAGGGGGCCCGGAUGACCGCCGACCAAUUCUUCGGUGUUGAGCUUACGGUGUUUGGCGAAAAUGACGGAGCCAUCCGAUUCUACCGCCGUCUCGGUAUGCGGAGAGCGGCGGAUUCACCGGAGGAACGUCACGAUGAUGUAAUUUCCCAGAAACCGCUGUACUAUCUGUAUGUGAUGCGCAUCGACAAUGUGCCACCGGGAUAUUUAUAA